AGGAGGAGGAGGAGGAGGAAGCGGCAGCAGCGCACCGAGCUCCUCUCCAUCCCAUGCGUUUGGAAGAAAAGAGAAAGGAAUGGGCUCGGACCCAGGCACGUGCUGCUGAGAAGCUAAAACACACCUCUGGGUGGCUUUCUUUUCUUUUCAACAACCGUGUCUGUGUAGUAGUUUAAAACGCAGAGCUGGGAAAUGCUUCCCUGCUCUUCAUCCGCGCAGAUGGAGGGAUGCGAGGAGGCGAGGCACGCGCACACGCACACGCGGACCGAGUGCAACCGACUGACGGAGGAGAGAGACGAGGCCGAGAGACAACUCAAACACAUCAAGAGAGUGUCUCAGAUGGUGAUUGAGGAGGUGAGCGUUCUGCAGACUCAGCUGGAGAUCGAGAAGUCGUGCCGGGAGAAUGCAGAAGCCCUGGCCACAAAGCUGAACUGUGAGAACAGGAAGUUCAAGUACCUGAGCCUGUCGUCGCGUCCGUGUUUGGACGAGCUGCUUCCCAGCAUCUCCGACUGCAUCGCUCUGGAGGUCGACGCCGACGCCGACGCGGCCGACGGCGGCCCCAACGGCGGCCCCAACGGCGGCCCCAACGGCGGCCCCAACGGCACCGACACCUUCACCCAGUACCAACAACAGGUUAAAGAUCUGGGGGAGAUGGUGAACACCUUACUGGAGGAGAAGAAGAAUUUCGUGUGUCAGAUUCAUGAACAGCAGAGGCGGAUAGAAGAGCUGACUGCACAGUCAGAGAAAGAUCAGGCCGAGAUGAAGGAGCUUCGUGAAACUAACGAGAAACAAAGUAAAACCAUCAAGAGAUUUAACAGAGUCUCCGUGAUGGCGGCGCAGGAGUACGACGGGAUGAAGGAGCAGCUCGACUUGGAGCAGAGCCUGAGAGUCAAAGCUGAGACGUAUGCACACGAGAUGCUGGUGAAACAGAAGGAGGCCAACAGGCAGAGUAUGCUGCUGCUGCAGAGCGCUGAGCCCAGCGUUCAGCUUCUGAAAGCUCUGGAGGACGUCGCCUCCGUCACCAAAACGCUGGAGGAGGAGCGUCUGCAGCAUCAGCAGAAAGUGGCGAGCCUCGAGGCCCAGCUGGAGCAGAGCUGUGUGAAGCAGCAGCUGGAGGCGCUGCAGAGGCAGCUGGAGCUGCUGGAGGAGGCCAAGAAGGAGGUGGAGGGACGAGUGGAGCAGGCAGAGAAGAAGAACGAGGAUUUGGAGAACAGAGUCCGAGAGCUGCAGGAGAGCCAGGAUAAGGUCUCAGUGGGUCCCAGCACGGAGCCCCCUCCCCCCGAACCCGGGGUCGCCCCGCCCCCCGCCCCUCCCCCGCAGCCCCCACCUCCCCCUCCUCCUCCCCCUCCACCCCCGCCCCCCCCUCCCCCCUCGAGAUGCAACCCCCUCAGCUCUCUGAUCGCCAUCAUGAGGAAGUCCUCCAAAGGCUCCAAAGCCCCAGUGAAGACCGAGCAGCCGCCAGCUGGCGAGGGCGACGACGUGAAGGCGAAGGCCGUGAACGAGAUGAUGGAGAGGAUCAAACAUGGCGUCGUCCUGCGGCCCGUCAAGAGUCAGGACAGCAAGAGAGUAGCAGUAAAACCGCCUCUAAUCGUUGAGGAGAAACCGCAGGAGAGCGCCAUGGAGGAACUGAAAGGCAUCCUGGAGACGGUGAAGCGGAGCCCAAGCAGAGGCUCCCAGGAGUCGGGGCCGUCGCCUCCGGGGAAGAAGGACAGCGAGCUGGAGGUCAUCCUGAGACGCCGACGCAACAGGGCGGGAGAAGCCGGCUCUGGAGAUGAGCGAGAAGGCCAGAUGAGUCACGUGUCCUCCUUGGACAGCCUGAACGGGAGGCGCACCAGCAGCGAAUCGGGCAAGGAUCCCGAUGGCCCGGCGGGGCUGAGCGUCCCGUUGGACUCGGGUGCUGGUCCCAGGGUGAGCCCGGAGAGACCGGGGCCCAUCGUGGCCCGGAGGAAGAGCUCCGACUCGGGCAAAGGUUCCCGAGUGGGCUCCUGGCAGGAGAGGAGGUCCUGCAGCUCUCUGUCGGAGAAGGAAACAGCCGAGUCGCCGGUCAGAAACGGCUGCAUCAACAGUGGGGGGGACGAGGACGGAGAUGCGACCGAGGAGCGAGCCCAGUCCAACGGCGUGGAACACAGCGGACCCGUCGGGGACGCACACGCCACCCUCUGCGCCGGCCCGGGCAACGGCAGCACGGACGCCGAGUGCUAGGACGGAGUCUACAGGAUCCCAGGCUUGUUUCUGCAAUCUGACGCAUGCAUUUUAAUUGGCUGAUGUGACAGUUACUUUCAGAUGAGAAGGGUUUAGGGUGCGUCACACAUUUGCCUUUGUUGCCUAAUGGGUCAGAAAUUUGACUUUGUUGUACUU